AUGCCCUCUCUCGCCGGUGGCAACGGCGCCGCCAAGCCCGCCACCUCCAAAUUCCAGCUACCGGCCCUCGACCUCAAGUUCGGCUCUCUGACGGAGGGCACAGACAUCCCACCCCCUCUGCCAUCACCUAUACAGGAGGAGGCACCAGAGCUUCCCAAGGCCGCCCAGCCCGCCGUCAAUUCUGCUACGCACCACCCCACCAUUGCCAGCAAUGCUACCCAGACCACCCCAGAGGUCCAGAGCAACGGCCUGACGCGGUCCGCAGAGCAGCAACCGCCUGCCUCGCCGACCUCCACCAAGGCUCCGCCUAGCAUCCGACUUGACGGUGCCAUCCCCAGGCCCCCGAGCCAGAGCAAUGCCAGCAUUGCUACCGACAAGCAGUCCAAGCGCAGCUCCGGUUGGUUCCGCCGCCUGCGAGGCUCCGACAGCCUGGAUAUCAGGCGCUCCAGUCGCAUCUUCAUCUCUGGCGAUGGUCCCAAGCCUGCCACGCCCACCACGCCCACGACCCCCAGGUUUACCGGCCCUCCACCCCCCAAGAUACCUGAGUUCAAGGCCCUCGGGUCCAAGGUCGACAUCUCUGAUGAUGCUGGCAGCCUCGGCUCUGACCUCUUCAAGGACAUCAAGUAGACGGACGGUAGGCCAGCACGCCCUGGCUGGAUUCCAUGUCUCAGGCCUGGCAAUCCGGACAACGGCAAACGGUGCCAGGCCGUUUUCAUCGAUUCUGGACCGACUGCCCCCCCUUUUCUUUUUUUGGUUUUUUCUUCUUCCUUUCUAUUUCUUUCUUCUUUAAUUCCUACGCACCUUUACAUAACACUCUCACCCCGAACGACGUUUUCACUUUUCUUGUUCUUCGACCACAACGGGCCCCCAAGCCAAUUUAACACGGACUUAUCCAUACAUUGAAAGAGAUGGAGGAGGUGACAGACCGAGGUCCCAAUUUGGUGUAUAUUCUCUGGGUUAUCUUUUCGGCGCUUCUCUUGAUACCUUGAGAGCUGGGGCAUAAAGGGCAUAUUGCUGGCAGCCGUACAUAAUAUGAUUUGACGUCACAAGCGGGUGUCGUUAAAUCUUGUGAACUCAUGGAGCGGGUCAUUGAGUCAAGGGACGGAAGUGAGGUUUUUCUUCAUAAGGGAAGAAGCAUGCCUAGUCUGUCCCGCGCUAUAUGAAAAGAAUUGUUGACGAAUUCGAAAGGACAAGCAGCUGGGCCAAAAAUUCGAUAUAUAUUUAAUGGGAGACGCGACUGCCCAGGCAUUGGGGGCCAUUUCUACAAACC